UCAGCGCUCAGGGCGCCGGCCCUCUCCACUUUGUCUAAGGGAGCGCUCCUUUUUCCCGGUGCCGGAGCAGCCAGCCCAGAGGGAUUCGGACCGAGCUCGGCCGGGUGACUGCACUGGGGCACCAUGACGACCCUGGAUGAUAAAUUGCUGGGGGAGAAACUGCAGUACUACUACAGCAGCAGUGAGGAUGAGGACAGCGACCAUGAAGAGAAGGACACAGGCAGGAGUGCCCCGGCCAGCAGUUCCAUGCCUGCAGAGGCUGAGCUGGCAGGCGAAGGCAUCUCAGUCAAUACAGGUCCAAAAGGUGUGAUCAAUGACUGGCGCCGCUUCAAGCAGUUGGAGACAGAGCAAAGGGAGGAGCAGUGCCGGGAGAUGGAAAGGCUGAUCAAGAAGCUGUCAAUGACCUGCAGGUCCCAUCUGGACGAAGAGGAGGAGCAACAGAAACAGAACGACCUCCAGGAGAAGAUCAGUGGGAAGAUGACUCUAAAGGAGUUUGCCAUGAUGAAUGAGGACCAAGAUGACGAAGAGUUUCUGCAGCAGUACCGGAAGCAGAGAAUGGAAGAGAUGCGGCAGCAGCUUCACAAGGGACCCCAGUUCAAGCAGGUUUUUGAGAUCCCCAGUGGAGAAGGGUUUUUAGACAUGAUUGAUAAAGAACAGAAAAGCACUCUCAUCAUGGUUCAUAUUUAUGAGGAUGGCAUUCCAGGGACCGAAGCUAUGAAUGGUUGCAUGCUGUGCCUUGCUGCGGAAUACCCAGCUGUCAAAUUCUGCCGAGUGAAGAGCUCAGUCAUUGGGGCCAGCAGUCGCUUCACCAGGAAUGCUCUUCCAGCCCUGCUGAUCUACAAGAGUGGUGAUUUGAUUGGCAAUUUUGUUCGUGUCACUGACCAGCUGGGGGAAGAUUUCUUUGCUGUGGACCUUGAAGCUUUUCUUCAGGAAUUUGGAUUACUCCCAGAAAAGGAAGUCUUGGUGCUGAAAUCUGUGCGUAACUCUGUCACCUGUCACAGUGAGGAUAGCGAUCUGGAAAUAGAUUGAAUUGAUAGUCUAGUUGCAUAGAUUUCUCAUUGUUUGGUCUGGAAGGCACUUGUCUUCUGUUUAUUUUUGUCCCUUCAUCUUCUGGCUUUUCAGCUGUUCUUUGUAGUUUCUUUUAUUGUGUAAAGUCAAGAAGUUCUUAGAUUAAAUCAGAAUGCUGAAUUACCUUGUGGCUAGCAAAAAAGUGACUUAAAAUUGUAUAAACAGGAAGCCAGGCUUUUGAACUGUUUACUUAAGAUUCUCUAGCAUGACAUCUCUGUUAUUGUUUGUAGUCAGUAUUUACAUAGCAUCCCAAAGACAGUGUCCUGGAAAUUGUCUUCAGAUGAUCUCGGAGGUCUCUGCCAGGUCUGAGAGUAUAAUUCUCUAGUUCGUGUGUUAUUUGCAACGUAACAGGACAUUUCCUUAAGCAAAUGAUUGUAAAUUAUAUUACUUGUAAUCAGAGCCAUAGCCCUAGAAGGCAGUUAAAUUUUUUCUCCCUAGACCCACUUCUCCACCAGGGUCUUGUUUAAAGGUUUCAGACAAUUGUGUUUGCCCUGUCAGGAGGGGUGACCUCUGCAGCUAGAGUUGAUGUCCUUCUCCAGCUUUAUGAAGUCUGGAAUAGGAGGAAGGACUGAUGCUGACUGUCCUCGUGAUGCUGGAAGAUGCGUGUUUUAUUGACUUAAACAUUAGAGUUGAGGUGGAGCUGGGAACUUUUUAAAGGAGCCUCUUUCAGUAAGAUGCUCCUGCUUGUCUCUUUCUCUUUUAUUUAACAAAAGUUUUAGUUUAAUCUAGAUUUAAAAAAAUUUUUUUUCUUUUUGUAUAUUGGAAAAAUACUGUAAUUCAUAUACAAUAGAGGAGGAUUGAUCAAACUACAGAAGCAAAAAUAAGAAAAUUAAUCUCUAAUUCUACCACCUAGACUAAAACACAAUGUUUUGGUAUGUUUCCUGCCAAGGUGUUUUCUAUCUCUACAUAGACAUUUUGUUUGUUUUUAAACAAAACAAUGGGAUCAUUCUGAACAUACUGUUUUAUAGUAUGGUCAGCUAAUAAUAUAUGAGACUUUUUUUCAUGUUAUUAGAUACUCUUCUACAACAUUUUUCAAAAUGGCUAUUGAUAUUCCAUUGUAUAGAUGUGCUGUAAUUUGCUGGGUGGUUGUCUCUUAAAAAGAAAAACAAACACUUUUUUUAAAUUAUGAAAAUAAUAGUGUUCAUUGUAGAAAAUGUAAUAAAAAUUGUUAAG